AUGAGUGGGACAUCCGUCCUUUGCAAAUCCCAUCUUUUGUCACUUCCAUAUAAUCCACCCCAAAGCUCUGAAUUGAAUGCAAAGUGCAAUGAGCAGGGAUGGUUGUCUUUGCUCAAGAGAUGCAAGAGCAUGGAGGAAUUCAAGCAAGUUCAUGCGCAAAUUCUAAAAUUGGGCCUUUUCUGGGAUUCUUUCUGUGGCAGCAAUCUUGUUGCCACUUGUGCUCUAUCCAGAUGGGGCAGCAUGGACUAUGCUUGCUCAAUCUUCAGGCAACUUGAGGAACCUGGAAGCUUUGAGUACAAUACCAUGAUUAGAGGAAAUGUCAAUAACAUGAAUCUGGAAAAAGCCUUGUUACUUUACGUUGAGAUGCUUGAAAGAGGAAUUGAACCUGACAAAUUCACUUACCCGUUUGUACUCAAGGAAUGUUCUCUAUUAGGUGCUCUGAAGGAGGGAGUGCAAAUUCAUGGUCAAGUUUUUAAGGCAGGUCUUGAGGAUGAUAUCUUUGUGCAGAAUGGCUUGAUCAGCAUGUAUGGUAAGUGUGGGGAAAUAAAGCAUGCUUGUGCUGUGUUUGAGCAAAUGGACGAAAAGAGCGUGGCUUCAUGGAGUUCCAUCAUUGGUGCUCAUGCUAGUGUGGAAUUGUGGCAAGAGUGUUUGAUGCUUCUUGGGUACAUGAGCAGUGAAGGACGCCAUAGGGCUGAAGAGAGCAUUCUAGUAAGUGCACUUUCUGCUUGCACUCAUUUGGGGUCUCCCAAUCUUGGAAGGUGCAUACAUGGGAUCCUGUUGCGGAACAUUAGUGAGCUCAAUGUUGUUGUCAAGACUUCACUAAUUGAUAUGUAUGUGAAAUGUGGGAGCCUUGAGAAAGGGCUUUGUGUGUUCCAAAAUAUGUCUGUGAAGAAUAGAUACUCUUACACUGUCAUGAUCUCAGGGCUAGCCUUUCACGGCCGCGGUAGGGAAGCUCUAAGAGUUUUCUCUGAAAUGCUGGAAGAAGGUUUGGCACCUGAUGAUGUUGUUUAUGUGGGUGUAUUAAGUGCCUGCAGUCAUGCUGGUCUUGUCAAUGAGGGUAUUCAAUGUUUUAACCGCAUGCAACUUGAGCAUAAAAUCAAACCAACAAUUCAGCACUAUGGUUGCAUGGUGGAUCUUAUGGGGAGAGCUGGGAUGCUCAAGGAAGCCUAUGACCUCAUAAAAGGCAUGACAAUUAAGCCUAAUGAUGUGGUUUGGAGAAGCCUUCUUAGUGCUUGUAAGGUUCACCUUAACUUGGAAAUGGGGGAGAUUGCAGCUGAGAAUAUUUUCAAGUUGAAUCAGCAAAACCCCGGGGACUAUUUGGUGCUGGCAAGUAUGUAUGCAAGGGCUCAAAACUGGACUGAUGUGGCCAGGAUCAGGACAGAAAUGGCUGAAAAACACUUGGUGCAAACACCUGGUUUUAGUUUGGUUGAAGCAAAUAAGAAGGUCUACAAGUUUGUUUCACAGGACAAGUCUCAACCACAGUGUGACACCAUCUAUGAUAUGAUUCACCAAAUGGAAUGGCAGUUGAAAUUUGAAGGUUAUACACCAGAUAUGUCACAGGUUUUGCUUGAUGUAGAUGAAGAAGAAAAGAGACAGAGACUGAAACACCAUAGUCAGAAGUUGGCAAUUGCUUUUGCACUAAUGCAGACAUCUGAAAGAUCCCCCAUAAGAAUAUCAAGAAAUCUAAGAAUGUGCAGUGACUGUCAUACGUACACCAAGUUCAUUUCCAUGAUCUAUGAACGGGAAAUUACUGUAAGAGACCGUAAUCGCUUCCACCAUUUUAAAGAUGGAACUUGCUCAUGUAAAGAUUAUUGGUGA